UACUGUUAAUUACAAACGUAAGGCAUGUCGUCUAUUACUAGAAUGUUGGGUUUUAUAAAAAGAUUAGCACCAAACCCAACCAGUUCACUGAGAUUUGUGGAGUAGCCUGUGUUGACCAUAACUCAAAAGUCAUGUCUUCGGACGAUCUAAGCAAGGAGCAGAUUGCUCUUUUGAAAAAUGCCUUCGACACAUUCGAUGUUGAGAAGAAAGGCAGUAUUGGUACAGUGAUGAUUGGAACUAUUCUUGGAAUGUUAGGAAUCAACACUACUGAUCAGAUGCUUAAUGAAAUCAUAGCUGAAGUGGAUGCUGAUGGAUCUGGAGAGCUGGAAUUCGAGGAAUUCAUAACACUUGCCUCAAGGUUCAUGGUUGAAGAAGAUGCUGAGGCUAUGCAACAGGAACUGAAAGAAGCUUUCAGAUUAUAUGACAAAGAAGGUAAUGGUUACAUCACUACCAGUACUCUGAAAGAAAUUCUGAAAGAACUGGAUGACAACUUGACAAGCGAUGAAUUGGACAUGAUCAUCACAGAAAUUGACACAGACGGAUCUGGAACUGUUGAUUUCGACGAAUUCAUGGAAGUCAUGACUGGAGGAGAUGAUUAAAAAUAAUUCGUUCCCAACCUGUACAGUAUUACCUUAUUUGCUCACUAUUAGGUACAAUAAUUACUCAGUAAUUUGUGUGUCUAUGACCAAUUUAAAAUGUUAUGACAAACUUGAAUAAAAUUGUGAAUUAUUCAACCUAAA